UUAUGCGAACACUCCUAAGCAUUUGCAAUUCGUUUACGUUUCUUUGUAGUAAAUAUGUAUACAGUAAAGGAUAGCAUUCCUUAGUUUCCAGUUUAAAUUUCACACUUGUUUUUUCCAAUAUUUAAUUGCGUAAUGGUUGUUAAUAUGCCGUUCAAACCUUUAUUUUAAAAUUACACGCGAAGGAAAGCGGACUUUCAGGCUUCCAAUAUUAUCCCUCUCUAUUGACGGGUACUGAUCGAACGGUUAAAAUACGACAUCAUGGGAAUUGAUACACAAACAUAUCGGCGUCGAAUAGGGGUGUAUGUUCAUCGCGAGUUUGUCCGCAUCAAAAGCAAACACCAAUUUCGAAUCAAAAUGUCUACUUCGUCAUUUGUGCCUAUCCGUUUGACUUCAGGAUGGCUGAUGUUUCUGAUUUGUAUUUCGUUGUCGGACAGGCAAUGCUGUUCUACCAUCGAACACAACACAUUGGACAAAUAUCCAAGAUGCGGAGUAAAUGCUAUUAAACGUGACUCAAAAGAACUCGCACUUGGGUUGGCAGAGUCUAUAAUGCGAAUAGUACUUUUUGAGGACUACUUUUAUGUAAGGAUGUUUGAUCACACUUUUAAAACUCUCGACGGUAUACCCAGUAUGGUUCUUGGUAAAAGAUCCGAAGAAACCCUGUACCGAACACAAACAAGAGUAAACGUUCCUUACGGAUGGUUAGCCUAUCAUCAAAAGUGGAAGUUAAUUACGAAAACAUCAUGGCUUCACAACCAUUACCGUGCAUCAGCAGCGGUGAUGUCACUUGCCCAGAAAAUCCAAAGCGCCAUGAAUACCGCAACAGAGUUUCAAUACUCUGACAUGUUCACAAGCUUGGAUUCACUCAGAAAGCUUAGUGAAGCGACAUUGACGGCUUUGCGCCUGUUGCUUAUAUUAUAUGGAAUAGAACCAAAUCCUGGACCUUUCAACAAAGCUAAUGGAGCCGGUUACCCUGCUUUCGACGACUGGGCGCGCAAGUCAGUCUUUGUUCUAAAUGUAGACCGAGAACUGGAGGCAACAAUUUGGAACAAGAACUCAUUAGAAGCUAGAUACACCAGUUUCAGAAGGAUAUUGUUGACUAUUGGAAGAAGUUGUGGAAGUAACACUGCAUGCUUAUACAUCCGAGACAAAAAGAUAUUUAUUCUUUUUACAUCAAAACUACUUUCGAAAAAAGACUUUGUAAAGGCAAACAAACCAUUUCCACAAUCAUUUUUCGUAUAUCUGAAUGACGAUGGGGCAAUUCAAAUGUGUCGCAUAUCUCCAGAUCUCAGUUCUUUUCUCGCACCCGUCAAUGAAUACAUAACAAGCGGGAUAGUUACUUGCCUAGAUUAUAAUGAUUUUAAACCCUCAGUAUCUUUAGUUCAAAACACAAAAACUAAAGUAUUAAGCAUUACAGAAGACGAUACCCAUUUGGCAGGUUUCAAUAAUUCAGAGUAUAAUUUGCAAAUUUACACACAUGAAAAAGAAGACAGCCCGAAUCCCGCAUAUCCAGUUGAAAACGAGGAACAAAGUACCAUAGCCGUUCAAGCUGUUGACGAUGUGGAUGGGUUCCAUUCAUUUGUAGCUACGUCGUCUAGCUUGAGCGAACUUCCUAUUCCACGGAACUACCAAUCACAGACACAAAGUACUUCACAGGUGCAACAGCAUAGAGACAGCAUCACUCCAUUACAAAUACACGAGUCAAGUAUUGUAUCAAGGAUAGAACUAGACAUAUCAGAACGAUAUGAUCAGUCGGAAAUCCGGUGCAAUAGUUCAACUCCUGAAGUAUCGAAUACACAUAGGUGGCGUGGCGAAGCAACGGAUUAUCCGACGGCAAAAUAUCCUCGCUAUGCAGCGGUCGAAGAUAGGACCGCAUCCUUUAGAAACUGGCCAAGGACACGACCAACAAUACCAGCUUUGUGUCAGAGUGGGUUUUUCUGUACAGGUAACGAUGACUUGGUUAGAUGUUUCUGCUGUGGUAUUGGUCUAAAAGACUUUUCCGACACUGACGAUCCUCUACAAGAACAUGUCCGUCACUCUAGGAACUGUGCUUACCUUAUAGUAUUGUUGGGAGGCCAAGACGGAAUGGAAAGAUACCACCGAAGUUUGCCAACACAUGACCCCGAAGAGAUCAGACGCCAGCAGCGUCUUCGAUAUAACAGCCAACAAAGUGUUCCUGCGACUGGGUAUAGGGCUAGACACGAACGGCUUCGGUCACUGCAGUCUCGAUUGGAUACUUUCACUAACUGGCCGUCACAUGUGACCCAAAGACCUCAAGAGCUCGCUGAAGCUGGGCUGUAUUACACAGGUAUCGACGACCAUUGCCGAUGUUUUGCGUGUGACGGUGGAUUGAGGAAAUGGGAACACGGAGACGAUCCCUGGAUAGAACACUGUCGAUGGUUUCCUGCUUGUCCAUAUGCACGCGAAGUUAAAGGACGCGAUUUCAUCGACCUUAUUCAGCUUUCAGCUGAUCAAGCUGCCGAAGAAAACGCAUCCGCGCCGCAAGAAGAUAUGACUAACUCAUUGGCUGGCAUGUCAAUUGAGGAUCCUCUAGUUCAGAGAAUUGUUGAUCGACAUGACAGUAUGCUAAAAGAGAGCAUGGGAUAUUCUGAGGAAGACAUCAAACAGGCAGUUCUCGAACUCGUCCAGCAAGGCAAUAAAACACCCAGCAUUGAAGAUAUCGUCACCCAAAUUGAAGUUAUUGCAGAGAGAAACGCUGUAUCUCGGGACUUUCAGAUUAUCCAGAAUGUUCAACAGACAGAAGAUGGAAUGAUGGAGGAAAAUAUCCGGCUGAAAGGAAUACUUAUGUGCUGCAUUUGCGGGACCAAUCACGUGAACAUUCUCUUCUUGCCAUGUACACACCUCAAAGUGUGUCUUGAGUGUUCGAGAAAUCUUCGUAGUUGUCCUCUUUGUAAGAGGGAAAUUAAAGACAAAAUCCGCACAUACAUGCUUUAAUUUUGAAAUAUGGGACUUUACUAAAAUCCGUUUGCCGUUGAUAUGUGUUUAUAAGACUCAAUUUAGCGAUCUUCGGAGAUCGUAGAAAAUUUUAAUAAAGGUAAAAUGUAAAACGUGCCAUGAACCAGCUUUGAAACACGGCUGAUUUGGGUGGAGAAACAAGUCAAUGUUUAUUUGUUAGCUCUCAGGAAACAGAUAUUUACUACCUUAAGGCGACACUAGGUCAGUGGUGUCUUGGGUUUACAAAAUGCAGUGACACCCUCAAGGAAGUAAAUAUUUACAUAAUAUUGCCUUAUGCAUUGUGUGCAUUUUAUUUUAAACAUUGAUUAUUCUGUGUUUUUAUUGGUGGGAUUUUAAUGUUACGAUUCUUUGUUAUAACGUCAUUUGUAUCUUAGCAUGUAGACUAUUGAAACACAUAGUAAGGUAUUCAAGUUGCAACCAUAGCAAACGCUUUGAUUUGUAAAAAGGAGUAUAAUAUAUUGUCAUGCCCUAGAUUGUUUAUGAAAACAUGUGUUUAUGUACAUGUACAUAGUUCAUUUUUACCGUUUAUGUUUUGCAUCUAAAUGACUAUGUCACUGUUAUUUAAUGCUUUUAUUGGAUGCUGUGUGGAAGUUAGAGCUGAUAACAGCCGAUGCCUACCUUCUGCGCUUCUUUAUUAUUUGUAAUAUCCUUUUUAAAAGUCUCAUUUUAUUAGCGUCUGUUAAUGUGGCAGCCAUUUUUGCAUAAACAGGAAGUUGAUUUCCUGAUGCUGACAUAAGUGCACUCUGGGUAUUUUACAGUGACUACAGUAUUUUGACAGACUAGUCAUACGAUAGCAUUUGUUAAAUACUCGUAUUCCUUCUUAAAAAUUGUUUAAAAAGGUAAUAGUUGUCUUUAUAAAUGAUUUAUUUAUUUAAUUGAUAUGUAUUUGACUUCUGUUUCAUAGUAAUAUUGUCAGAAAUAUCGUUUUAAUAUCAGUGACAUUUACCGUGUCAAGAACGCUCAAAUUCUAUUGUGCGCUUUUGCGCGCUUUGCUGCGCGUUGUUUGUGCGAUUUUUGUGCACAAUUCAUAUGUGCGCUUUUACGUUAUUAUUGCACAACGUUAUGUGUGCGCUUUUGGAGAGUAUAAAAGGCACUGAAAAUUCUCAUUCAAGGACUCUGAACUUUGUUUUCCUAGGUGUGAGACCUAUUUUAUUUUUCUUAUAUACAGUUAGCAUUUAAAAUAUAGUUUUCAAUAAGACUAAGCUAUUAAAAAUUAAGACUGAAUUUUAUAAAUAAUUUAAACUGCAUUUGUCAUCUUUUUAGGGCAUUAUAAAAUAGAGAGUGC